CCGGCCGCGGGGAGGGGACGGGCGGGGGGCGCUGCCGGGCCCGGGCUGCCACCGCCGGCGGGCUGAGCUCCCCACGUCCGGCCGCACCGUCCCGAGUCCGCCUUACCGUCUGCGGGAGGCGGCGCGAUGGCUCCCCCCAGGAGAGGCGACCUGAGCCCGGAGGAGAAGGACUUGCUGGGAGUGAUCGCCACAGGAAACACCGAGGAGGCUGGAAGGCUACUGGGCAGCAAGAACGUCCGUGUCAAUUGCUUGGAUGAGCAUGGGAUGACCCCCCUGAUGCACGCAGCCUACAAGGGGAAGGUGGAGAUGUGCAGGCUGCUCCUGCGGCACGGGGCUGACGUCAACUGCAACGAACACGAGCACGGAUACACCGCCUUGAUGUUCGCCGGGCUCUCAGGAAACAAAGAAAUCACCUGGAUGAUGUUGGAGGCUGGAGCAGAGACUGAUGUUGUCAACUCUGUGGGAAGGACAGCAGCUCAGAUGGCUGCUUUCGUGGGUCAACACGACUGUGUGACUGUCAUCAACAACUUCUUCCCACGUGAGAGGCUGGACUACUACACCAAACCCCAAGGCUUAGACAAAGAACCAAAACUGCCAGUGAAAUUAGCUGGGCCUCUACAUAAAAUUAUUACUACAACUAACAUGCAUCCUGUUAAGAUUGUGUUGCUGGUAAAAGAGAACCCUCUGUUGGCCGAUGUGGAAGCGCUGCAGAAAUGUUACAGGGUCCUGGAUCUGAUUUGUGAGAAAUGCAUGAAGCAGAAAGAUAUGAAUGAAGUACUUGCCAUGAAAAUGCACUACAUCAGUUGCAUCUUCCAGAAAUGUAUUACCUUCUUAAAGGAGCGAGAGGAUAAACUGGAUGGAUUUAUCAAAAGUCUCUUGAAAGGGAGAGAUAAGGAUGGUUUCCCUGUGUAUCAAGAGAAGCUCAUUCGAGAAAGCAUCCGGAAGUUCCCGUACUGUGAAGCUACGUUGCUCCAGCAGCUGGUGAGAAGCAUCGCUCCUGUUGAAAUAGGUUCUGAUCCUACAGCUUUCUCCGUCCUUACCCAAGCCAUUACUGGCCAGGUGGGGUUUGUGGAUGCUGAAUUCUGUACAACUUGUGGGGGAAAGGGAGCAGACAAAAGAUGUUCUGUAUGUAAAAUGGUGAUGUACUGCGACCAGAACUGCCAGAAAAUACACUGGUUCACCCACAAAAAAGUCUGCAAGACUCUGAAGGAAAUUCAUGAGAAACAAGAACUAGAAGCUGCCAAAGAAAAAAGGAAACAAGAAAAAAAACAAAAGAAAGAUGAAGUGCAACCCCUGGAGGGCAGUUCCCCAAGUGAAGAACAGCCCGAUCCUGGGCCAGAUGCUGCCAAAGAAGCGGAUCCAAAUCACGCUCCUGAGCGAGGGGAAGAACCUGAAGUGACCAAAGAGAGGGAGGCCCCAGCCCUGCACCCUGAGAGCCCGGCGGAGAGCGAGGCUGCCUUAGCUGAUGUCACCCUGCAGAAAAUUCAACAUUCUGAGGAGUAAGAAAAAAGGGCAGGAAGGGACUGAGUGUUCUGGCCGCGUCUCUGUAGCUCAAGGGUCCUAAAGAUUCUUUGAUGCUGACCAUGCCUGAGUCCUUACAGCAUGGCCAUUGCAGGACAGCAUGUCUCUCUCCAUCACGAGAUGAAAUACUGGCUAAUUCACCCAUAAAUACUUCAGGUUCUGUUGUAGAUUGUCAAAAUGUGUAUUUAUUAUCUGAUAAAAAACUAGAGUGGCAUAGAUCCAUCUGUACCUGCACCAACAGUAAGCAAAGACCUAUGCGUUCUGUGGUUAAUCUGCCACUUUGUGGAAAAAAAAAAAAAAAA